CUAGUUCAGACAUGGCGGAUUCCGCGCGGAUGCAAAUCGCGCGGUUCUAAACGCAAGUGUUCAGACAGGCGCGGAUGUACAUGCGGAGUGCCGUUAUUCGCAUAGGGUGACAGUCCAAUCAUGGAAGUCGAAGAAGCAAUAUGUGUGUACUUGUUGCUCCGUAAAAAAGAAAGAAAGAAGAAACGGCAGUAUUGGGUGCAUCCAAUAUUACGCGAUCGGUUUACUCAUGGUCAGUUUCAGACUUUAUAUCCAAAAUUAAGAAGUUUUGAACCAAAAUUCUUCAAUUAUUUGAGAAUGUCGAUAAAUUCAUUUGAUGAAUUAUUAGAAAUGAUGAGUAAACAAAUUGAAUCUAAUGAUACCCAUAUGAGGUCAAGCGUGUCCCCAGAAGAAAAACUCGUGAUCACAUUAAGAUAUCUGGGUACUGGUUGUUCCUUUGGAGAACUACAUUACAACUUUCGUCUUGGCAAAUCUACAAUCACAGGAAUUGUCCGUGAAGUAUGUGAAACUCUGUGGGAAAAAGUCACAAAAAACGUCAUGCCUGAACCCAGCGAAGAUAUAUGGAAGAAAAUAGCUAAAGAUUUUGAAAAAUAUGCAAAUUUUCCCAAUUGCAUAGGCGCCAUAGAUGGCAAGCAUAUAAGGAUUACAAAACCCAAAGAUUCGGGUUCUUUGUAUUAUAAUUACAAAACUUUUUUUUCCAUAGUACUGUUGGCACUUUGUGAUAGUAACUAUUGUUUUACUUUCAUAGAUAUCGGAUCUUACGGAAAAAGUAGUGAUUCUGCAAUUUUUAAAAAUUCAGCAUUUUAUAAAAGGUUAAUAGAAAAGUCAUUACACAUACCAAAACCUAAACCAAUAUCUGAAACAGAUCCUAAACCAUUGCCAUACGUCAUAGUUGGCGAUGAAGCGUUUGGUUUAUCCGAAAAUGUAAUGCGACCCUAUGCAGGUAAAGGGCUAUCAUAUGAAAAAAAAAUAUUUAAUUACAGGUUAUCAAGAGCUCGACGUUUUAUUGAAUGCACUUUCGGAAUUCUGGCAAACAAGUGGCGCAUUUUUCAUAGGCCUAUAAACGUGAAUAUAGACUUUGCCGAAGACAUAAUAAAGGCCUGUUGCGUGCUACACAAUUUUGUUAGAACUAGAGAUGGUAUACAGUAUGAAGAUACUUUACAUACUGCGCCAAUGAGUAAUCUUAUUACAUUACAUGCAGGAAGGGGUACACCAUCAUCAUUAAACAUUAGAGACAAAUAUGCUAAUUACUUUGUGAAUGAGGGUCGUGUAGAAUGGCAAGACACGAAAAUAUGAAAUUAAAAUUGUUACAGUUCGCGCCAAAUAACUAAACUCAAGAUGGCGCGUCGCGUUGGUGGGUUGUACAUAUUACAGUUAAUAGCUAUACGUUACUGUGGUAACGUGAUAGUUUUCCCGCGCUCGUUACGUACCGCCAAACAACGUUAUACACAUUUCAGUUAUUUGGGGUGGACUGUCUAUUACAAAACAUGUAAACUACCCUGGUAAAAUG